UAUGAUUGUUUUGGUUCUAUUAUAUACAUACCAGUUUACCAACUUUCCACACUAUUGGAUGAAAAUUACGGGUUUAUCUGCAAAAAUUAUUGCAGAUCUUGGCUUUCAAAAGUUUUCUGCUGUACAAUUGUUUACAAAGUUGCUGACUCCAGCUUCUUUCUUGGUUGUGAUAAUUAUUCAAAUUCAUUAUUUCCACGAACCCUUCAUGAAGUUAUCGGAUAUAAAUAGAUUUCGUAAUAUCUUAAACCCUCCGUCAGAGAUAAAUGAAAUAGCGAAUAUUGAAGAAAGGAGGUCAGAAGAAGAGCAUGCAGAAGAUGAAGAAAAUAUUGAAAACUCUCAAGAAAAGAGCUUCAACUUUUAUCAAGAAGCCGAAAAACUAGCCAUCUCUUUUCGAAAACUUCUUGACCAGUUAAUUGAAGUUCUUUGGAGAAUUGCAGAGGUCCACUGUUUCAAAAUAGUCUGCAUUGUGGUUUUUGUAUGUUGUAUCAAAGAAGUAUCAGCAAUUAACGUCGUUCUGGUUGUUCUCUUACUAGUCUGUCUCCCAUUAUCCCAUAUUCAUUCUCUAGCAUCUCUAACGACAACUUUAAUACUACUUUUUACAUCAGCAGCCAUACUAUUUAAGAUGGCUUAUCAGCUAUCAUUUACCGAUAGAUGGAUUGUAAAUUGUACUGAUAUGGGAAAUGUAACAAUUAAUAAUGAUACUAACGUGUACUUGGGAUUCGAAAAGACUACUCAUUUGGCUAAUUAUUUAAAGAGAUACGUAGCUAUUGUCGUCCUAAUUUCAUUGCAAGGAGUAAUAAAAACUAGACAAAUACAACGCUACAAAACUCCAAAUAUUAAUAGACCCGAUUAUGGUACAAUAUUUCAUAAUAUAGGUAGGCAAGAUGCCGAUUUAGGUCUUUUGAACUGUUUCAAAUUCUUAAUGAAUUAUGGAUUUUAUAAAUUUGGAGAAGAAAUAUGCUUCAGUAUGUCAAUAUUAACUAUUUGGCUAAGAAUGGAUGUCUAUUCGGUCAUAUAUACAAUACUCUUAAUAAUUAUGGUGGCUAUUGGACACAAGGGGAGACACUAUAUGUGGCCCAUAUACAUGGUGUUAUUGACAAUAUUUUUGGCAAUACAAUAUCUAGCUGUGUUAGGGGUCCCGCCUGUCAUUUGUCAAACUUAUACAUGGGAUGGCAGGAAUGGUUUUACGAAUAAUUUGAAAAUUUGGCUAUUUCUUCCAACUUUUACGACUACUCCACCAAACAGUCACAAGUUACUCUCAGACUUUUUUCAGCUUCUUUGUGUGUCUAGAAUGUGGGAGGUAUUCUCGUUGGAAUCAAAUACAGAAUAUAAAGGUGGUUCUAAUGAAGAUGUUACUGCUGUUUUUGAUGACAAAACAGCACCUAAUCCGACGAAAGACUUUAUAACUUACAAAGAAUCUUAUCUAGAUUACCUAAAAUCAUUUGUAUUCCAGUAUCUCUUUUGGUUAUCACUUAUUUUCCUAUUCGUUACUGGAACACAUAGAGUUACCUUGUUCGGUUUAGGCUACUUAUUCGGUUGCUUCUAUUUCCUCUGGAUGGGGAUGGAGAUGUUUGUUAAACCCAUCAAGACUUUACUUAGAAAUUGGAGAUUAAUGCUUGGAUUUAACUUGUUUGUCAUAUUCACGAAAUCAUGUUUACAACUACUGGCAUGCGUUUAUGCUGACAAGCAAUUAUGCUGGGUUCAGCAAUUAUUUAACAUUGUCUGCUUUAAAAGAUGGUAUAAUCCUUACGAUGAGAAUGGUUCAAGUAAUAAAUGUCUGACGAAGACCGACGAAGCAAACAUGACCUGGGAUUCUCUUUCUUUCGUAAUACUUAUCUUUCUUCUUCGAACUUUUCAAUCGCAUUACUUUAGACAUGUACGAGAGGAAAUAGUGGCUCAAAAUAAACAAGCCGCAGCCGGAGCAGAGAUUAUUAACAAACAUUUAGUUUUGGUAGUGGAAAAACGGAAGAAGAGGGAAGAGCAUCACUUGAAUAUUAUAAAAAAGAAAAUGAAACGAAUCAAAAUGCGACAAAUGAAGUUGCAACAAAGAGCACUAUUAGAAUCAAAUGAUCAUUAUAUUAUUAUAAGAAGUGGGGAUUAUUACAUGUUCGAUGAUGAUACAGAUGAAUUAGAUGCAUCGGAUACACUAUCUGAUAGUAGUCACCUAGAUUUUGACGAUGACAUGUCGGAAAGUCCUCUUGUUAAAUUAAUGAAUCUUACAAAGAUACAUAAAACGGUAACAAAAAAGAAAGGAAAGCAAAGUGAUGAAUCGAGUAAAGUGACUGCUAACGUUGGUUCAUCGACCAAACUAGAUCCUGAUGAAGAUGGAAUAGAAAACAAUCUAUCCGAGUCAAAUGUAGAAAAAGAACAAAAUAAAAGUGGAUUUACGAAUUUGAUUAAAAAUAUAUGGAGACUUUUCCUAACUUUACUUGACUAUUUAAUAAUUAAGAUAGAAGCUCAAUCGGCCGAGUAUAAUGCCGUUGCUAACAAGAUUAAUGAAUUGAAGAUUGCUGAGAAACAUCAGGCUCCAUUGAAUAUGGUAAGAGCCCAUUCGCUGAGGGAAUCUGAUAGAGAUGAUGAUGACUUAUUAACGGAUCCUAGUAACUUUCAAGAGCCUGAUAAUCCUGAUGAGGCAGACCUAGCUGGACUCGAAGGUCACAAGGAUGCAACUCAAAAAGAAAAGGAUUUUCAAGAACAUUCCUAUCGACUUUUUCGUCUUAUUGUUGCUAUUGUACAAGCCUUAAAUGCUCGAUCAGAGAUUGUUUGCUACUUUGCCAUGAUUCUCAAUGUCCUCCUCUCCGCCUCAGUACUCUCUAUGGCUUUCCCAGUAUCAGUGUUCCUUUGGGCCAUGUUAACUGUUCCAAGACCAACUAAGCGCUAUUGGUUAAUUCUUUUGUUAUAUACUGAAGUAAUAGUUGUUGUCAAGUACCUCUUCCAGUUCAGUUUCUUUUCUUGGAACUCAUCAAAAUCAGAGGCUGUGUGGCCCUCAAUAAUCGGAGUUGACAAGAAGGACAACUAUGCUCUAUUAGACUUAUUUUUAUUGGUGUGCUUAUUUAUACAUCGAUCAAACCUACGUCGUUUUGGACUAUGGAAAGACGCUCAAGAUAUGGAUACGGACUUAGCCGAGGCUGGUGGACAAUUGCAAGGAGAAACGAACCAGGAAGUAUUCGAUCAAAUGCCAGAAGAGACAUCACCAUCUGCUUUACAGUCAAAGCCCUCAGAAUUAAAUUUAGAAAGGAGAUCCUCAGUAGGAUCUCUUAGUGCCCAAAUAGGAUCGGAAAAAGCUGAAACCGUAACGGAUCAAAUGAAUAUUCCUCAAAAGAAAAUUCCCAAAUGUUUUUUGCCUUUUUAUCUAUUUUAUAAAAGAAUGAGGGAUCCAAAGUAUAGCACAACCGUUGACGUCUAUAAGUUUAUGUUCCUCUGCGAUUUUAUCAAUUUCUUUAUUGCUAUCUUCUUCUAUUCCUAUUUUGGUCCGACAGCCAACGAUGAAGCUGUAACAGCUGCAAUACAAAAGAACCAAGUUCCAACGCCAUUUCUGGCUAUGCUCAUAGUGCAAUUUCUACUUAUUAUUAUAGAUAGAGCAUUAUAUUUAAGAAAAGAAGUUUUUGGAAAAUUCAUCUUCCAGAUUAUGCUCGUUUUCGUUGUUCAUGUUGGAUUAUUUUUUGUGCUGCCACAAAUCACAGAGAGAAAAUUCACCGAAAAUAUUCCCGUCCAGGUUUGGUAUGUCAUAAAGUGUGUUUAUUUUGGACUAUCAGCCUAUCAAAUACGUUCUGGUUAUCCAACUCAAAUUUUGGGCAAUUUUUUGACUAGACAAUACAAUUACGUAAAUCUAUUUCUCUUUAAAGGAUACUUGGCUGUUCCUUUCCUAUUAGAAAUGAGAUGUUUGAUGGACUGGAUGUGGACGGACACAACUUUAAGUUUAAGUUCAUGGCUGCAAGUAGAGGAUAUCUUCAAUAAUAUAUUCAUUUCAAAAUGUUGGAGGAGAUCUGAAAAAGAAUGGCCUACUCCUCGAGCAACCGUCAGAAGUAAAUGUGUCAAAUAUGGUUUUGGAGGCUUAAUUUUGGGAUUAUUAGUGUUCAUCAUAUGGUGUCCCUUACUCUUAUUUUCCUUCAUUUCAAAUGUCUACGUCAGUAAUCCUCCAACUGACGUUACCGUUUCAAUUUCUUUGGGAGGAUUUCAGCCACUAUUUACAGUUAGCGCUCAACAACAGUUUAUUAAAAACUAUUCGGAUAGUGCUUUUAAAGAAUUCAAGGAUAGUUUUGUAGAUAAGGAUGCAAGAAGAUAUCUGGCCCCCAUUAGAGCCGAAGACGUUAAACAAAUACAAAUCAAUGGAAAAUCGACAGCAGUUUGGGGAAUAAGUCCGCCUAUCCAAAGAUCUUUAUUUGAAGAUUUACUCAAUCCCAGAACAGACAUCAAUCUAGUCUUCUCUAUAUCCGUGAAGCGGAGACCUAAAGAGGGAAUUCAAACUGAAUCAGUGAGUGCUCAAAUUAUCCAUCCGCUGCCAAGGGGUGGAAAAAUACGUCAUGAACUUGCUGGAAUGAUAAAUGGUUCAUCAACAACACCGAUACGUUUCGAUUUCUUAUUUCCUCAAUACUUUCGUGUUCCUGCUAAAGAACCACCAAACAAGAUAGACGUGCUCGAUCGUGCAUCUGAGCCAUGUUGUAAUGUUACUCUCAAUCUAAAAACAUUAGAGAAGAAUUCAUCCGAUAUUUUUGACUCAAUUAACAAGUGGUGGGAACUAUCAGAAUUAACAGACAGUAAUUCUGGAAGCAUAAAGAAAUUUAUAUCGUUCAUAACAAUUAAUGAUAGAGUAGCACCAGCUCCUCUUCUCUUCCUCCUUCCUGCUAGUUCGAUCAUAACCAUGUAUGUGUCUAUCGUAUUUGUCAUCGGAAAGUUUAUGAGAUCAACAUUCAUCGACGGACUUUCAAGACGAAUGAUAUAUGAAGAAAUGCCACAAGUAGAAAGAAUUUAUAACUUGUGUAUCGAAUUAUACUUGGUCAGAGAGUGCCAAGAUUUCCGAUUGGAAGAAGAAUUGUUCGCGCAAUUACAUUUCUUGUAUAGAACACCAGAGACUAUGCUUAAGGUCACAAAGCAUAAAGUUGACUAG